AACAAAAGCGUAAUAUUUCCUCAAAUGCUUAGGAUAAGAGAAAGUUUGCUUUUUAGAUUUAUUGAAAAUUUAAUGUAAAAAACAAACUUCCUCUUGUAUCAUGGACGCAGGGAGUAAUAUCAUAAUAGCCCUUAGUUUUGAUGGGUUAUGAUUUAAGAGAAAGAGUUUAGAAGUGGUAUGUUGGGUUGUGAAUGGAAGGAAGGUAUAGGUAGAAAAAUUGGCGUGCGAGGAUGAGGUGGUGUGGAAGUGCAACAAGUGGAGUGGCCUUACCAUCAUCAUCAUCAUGGUUUUGUUCUUGUUGGAAAUGGAAACUGUGUCACACUUACCCAGUAACAACAACAACAACAGAAUUGGUUUCGCCCAAAAGCAAACGCAAUCGCAAUCGGAAUGUGAAUGUGAAGGUGCUUUGUCAAAAAAAGGUAGAUGUAAGUGAAGAACGACGGGCCUUUGACUUCGAUCCUGAUCUGCGAUCGGUGCUUGAACUUGCAACGGACUCGGAGCUCUGUGAAAUUCAAACAAUCCUUUUCGGCCCAAGCUACUUGAGUCCUUUGCUGAAAUCCAUCACAACAACAACAACUACUAGUAGGACCUUGAAGAAGGAGGAGGUGGAAAUAAUCGAUCCAUCCACGAUUGGGUAUGACAUUCAACUACGCCAACAAUUUAUAGCCACUCUUGAGUCCCGCUUUUUCUUCCUCGCAGCUGAUGCCCGUUCAACAUUAAGGGGUUGGAGGCCAUCUUACAGAAAUGUGUUGCUUAAUCUAAGUAAAAAAUUGGAUAUUCCUUGCUCAACUCAACUCUCAACUCACGACCUUGAAUUAGAAGUAUUCCUCCACCUUUUACACUACGACUCAACUGAAGAAUCAGGAGGAGACCAUACAGGCUUAUUGGAUGUAUCCACUGCGUCUCAUGCUCAGGGAACUCUACAACUUGGACUCGAUCAAUGGAAAAUGCAGUCAAAAGUUGGAGCACAAGACUUUCAAUCUAUUCUUUUGAAGGGAGGUGGUAUAUUUACUUUGGCAAAGAUAUAUCAAUUGUUUGCGAGGAAAUUAUCUGGGAAAAUGCUUGUAGAAGCUGCUAACUACCAGGUUAAGAAAGAGUUAGUGAAGAAGGGUGGACAUUUAGCUAUGAUCAAUCUAGAAUCCAGGGUAGCUUUGCUUGCAGCAAAACAGGGGUUUCUCGGUGCUGCAUCAAGAUAUCUGGGUUUUAGAAGCAUGCUCACAUUACUUGGACCUGUGCUUUGGGGAACAUUUCUGGCUGAUCUUGUGAUUCAAAUGCUGGGAACAGAUUAUGCUAGGAUCUUGCGAACAAUUUAUGCUUUGGCUCAGAUUCGAGUCAUCCGCACAUAUAAGCUGCCAUCAGAUGUUGCUGAGGAAUAGUGAAGUGGUUCCUUUCAUGGGUGGUGGUUGGGGAAUAUGAUGGAUUUUGAGCUCGUUGAAUCUGUAGGAGGAAACUGAUGUAUAGGUAAACAGUUCCAAAGUGACACAAGCACCACUCUUAUAAUUUGUAAAUAUCUUAUAAUAUUGGUCUUUAUGCAUAAGUUUUUGCUGCUGAAUUAAGUCCUUCCUAAGAUUUAGGAAUUGGAUUUCAUGCUGACAAAAAUCCCGCAGUAAUAACAGUCUUUCAUGAAGACCGUCCAAUUCAAAAUUAAGGGGUGAAAUUGUUUUGUAUUGAUUUUGUUAAGAUUCAAUAUGAGCCGUCCGAUUUGAAAUGGAUGGCUCAGAUCUACUAGUGCGUGUAACAGUGUGACUUUGUUACAGCAGUAAAUCCUUAUCCGAAGACUUAUUAGUUUUUCUUAGUGUGUAAUACAGAGUUGGAAUAGUGUGAAUGAAAACAGACUAUGCGGCA